UUGACGAACUACAGUGAAUAAAUAACAAAGACAAUUAGUGUUCCUGUUUUAGUAAAAUUUAACCUUUUAGUAAAAAAAAAAAUUUAUUAAGUAAUAAUUAUACAUAAAUUCCAUUAUAAUGCCGAGAAGGAAAUCCGUCCCUGAUGCGUGGUUAGAUUAUAAGCCAUAUGGAUCUGUAAUUGACGGAACAAGAUUUUUGGCCUUUAAAGUACCACUGUCAAUGAGAGUAUGUCAAAAUCUUCCAACAAACCAAAAAUUUACACCUGAAUUAUUGAUGAAGGAAGUUCCGAACCUGAAAUAUAUCAUCGACUUAACGAAUACUAAUCGUUACUACAACAAAACGGAGUUUACAGCUGCUGGUAUUCAACAUUUUAAAAUAAUGAUUACUGGUGGAGAGGUUCCGAAAGAAACUAAAGUUAGAGAAUUCUGUCGUGUCAUGGAUAUGAUUGUAUCAAUGGCAAAAGAUCACGAAAUAAUUGGUGUUCACUGCACACAUGGUAUUAACCGCACUGGCUACUUAAUUUGUAAAUAUUUAAUAAAAGUAUGUGGCUGGGAUUGUCACUCUGCUAUAAAAGCUUUUGAAAGUGCACGAGAACACAACAUUAGAAGAAUGAAUUAUAUCCAAAGUUUGUUGCUUGAUUCAAAAGGACCGCUACCUUAUGUACCUUCAAGUCCAACCAAAAAAGUUGGAUCGUCAAUUUCAUCAAAUCCACGUUUACCAAGAUUAUCAUUACAACGGUCUAAUUGGAGAAAUCAUCCACCACCACCACCAUUUACAACUACUUCUUCUUCUUCUGUGAUUCAUAAUUCUGUUGUUCACAACCACAGAUCUCCAGUUUCACAUCCAUCAAGAUCAACAUGUCAACGAUCUAAUUGGAGAGAUCAUCCACCACCUCCACCUUUUCAUAAUAAUUCUUCUCCUUAUAAUUCAUGUAAUCAAUUCAAUUCUUUUUCACGAAAACAUCAACGUAAAUGUGAUUCUAAUCGUAAUAAUAAUAAUCAAAAUAAUGAAAGUUUACGUAGUCGUCGUCGAAGAAGAAGACAUGACGAUCUCGUUUCUACAUAUCACGAAUAAUAUAGCUAAUUUUUCAACGCAAUGAUUCAUAAUUACGUAAUAACAUGACAGCUUAAUGUGUAUUAAUAAUUGUAAAUUAAAUUAAUAAAUUUCAUUUAUAUUUGUGCAACUA